CCGACGCCGAAUCGGGGGAAUUAAAUAAAAACGAUCGUUUGAUCUUUGAAGAGUUUAAAGGAAAGUCAAACCGUCUCUACUUUUCCGAAAUUCUUCUGAUCAACGAUAGACACACCCACACACACAAUGGAUGAAUUGCCAGAUCAUUUGGUUUGGGACAUUCUCAAUAAGCUUCAUACUACCAAUGACAGAAACUCGGUUUCACUAUCAUGCAGGCGUUUCUAUUCACUAGACAACGACCAAAGAUACUCUCUUCGGAUCGGUUGCGGUUUAGUUCCUGCAACCGAUGCAUUGCUUUCUCUCUGCAGGAGGUUUCCAAAUCUAUCCAAAGUAGAGAUCAUAUACUCAGGUUGGAUGUCAAAACUUGGCAAACAACUUGACGAUCAAGGCCUUCUUGUCCUCACCACAAACUGCCAUUCUCUCACUGAUCUCACUCUUAGCUACUGCACCUUCAUCACCGAUGUUGGCAUUGGCCAUUUGUCAUCGUGUCUAGAGCUUUCUUCGUUGAAGUUAAAUUUCGCUCCCAGGAUCACUGGUUGUGGUGUCUUGUCACUUGCUGUAGGAUGCAAGAAACUCAGGAGACUUCACCUCAUUCGAUGCCUAAACGUUGCAAGUGUAGAGUGGUUGGAGUAUUUCGGAAAGCUUGAGACUUUAGAAGAACUCUGCAUCAAGAACUGCAGAGCCAUUGGGGAAGGUGAUUUGAUCAAGCUGAGGAAUAGCUGGCGAAAGCUGACAAGUCUGCAGUUUGAGGUUGAUGCCAAUUACAGGUACAUGAAGGUUUAUGAUCAGUUGGAUGUGGAACGGUGGCCGAAACAGUUGGUUCCUUGUGAUAGUCUGGUGGAGCUCAGCCUUGGUAACUGCAUCAUAGCUCCCGGUAGAGGGCUCGCUUGUGUACUGAGAAAUUGCAAGAACCUGGAGAAGCUUCAUCUGGAUAUGUGUACCGGUGUCAGCGACUCAGACAUCAUAGCAUUGGUUCAGAAAGCUAAACACCUCAGAAGCAUCUCGCUCCGUGUCCCAUCCGAUUUCACUCUGCCGCUCUUAAACAACAUUACCCUAAGAUUAACCGAUGAAAGCCUCAGCGCCGUAGCUCAACACUGCUCAAAGCUCGAAUCUUUCAAGAUCUCUUUCUCAGACGGUGAAUUCCCUUCCCUCUUCUCUUUCACCCUCCAGGGGAUAAUCAAUCUGAUCCAGAAAUGCCCAGUACGCGAGCUUUCUCUUGACCAUGUGUGUGUUUUCAACGACAUGGGGAUGGAGGCUCUGUGUUCAGCUCAGAAUCUAGAGAUCUUAGAGCUUGUCCAUUGCCAGGAAGUGAGUGAUGAGGGGUUAAUUCUUGUGAGCCAGUUUCCUUCUCUCAGUGUGUUGAAACUAUCAAAAUGUCUGGGAGUCACAGACGAUGGAAUGAGACCACUUGUUGGAUCUCACAAGCUGGAGUUGCUUGUGGUGGAAGAUUGUCCUCAGGUUUCAAGAAGAGGUGUUCAUGGUGCUGCAACGUCUGUAUCUUUUAAGCAAGAUUUGUCAUGGAUGUACUGAGAUCGCAUUAUUAUUAUCUUCCCGUGUACACAUACAUUUUACUGCUGUGUAAAUAAUCGGUCUUGGGGUCAGAAAUUUACUAAUGCCUCAUGACGAUCAAGUUUAAGAUGACGUCAGGCAGGUGUAGUCGUGUAGAUAAAAGGUGUGGUGGGCUCUCAUGGAAUGAUGUAAUGUUGUUAUAACUCUUUGAUUUAAUGACUGGUUACAUAGAUAUUGCGUCAUAAUUAAUGAAAAAUGUUAAAAAGU